AUGGACAACGAUGAAUUGCGAAGUCUCGCGCGCUCCAACGUGAUACCACCAGACCGCCAGCAAGUCUUCUGCCGGGAGAAGAUCGAUGAAGACGAAGCAUGCAGUACAUCUCCCGACGCGACCGGAGCCGCGACAAACCAUCCCUAUCGAUGCAGCCCAGCGCAUCCUGAUGGUCUCAUUGUCGAUUUCAAUGGGCCAGGCGACCCUCUACAUGCUCAAAACUGGCCGCUGCGCAAGGAAUUGUCUCUGGCCAUAACUCUAGGAUACGUCACCUUCGUCGUGACAUUCACCAGCAGCAUCUUCUCCGCAGCUUCGGAAAGCGUAGCACACCAUUUCGGCGUCAGCCCAGAGGUCGGUGUCCUCGGCGUCUCACUGUACGUCCUGGGCUUCGCAAGUGGACCUGUGUUCUGGGCGCCGUUGUCCGAGCUUUACGGUCGAAAGCUACCACUCCUGGUGGCGGCAUUCGGAGCACCAAUCUUCAACCUUGCUGUGGCUACUGGCCAAGACCUCCAGACCGUCUUUAUUUGUCGAUUCUUCGCCGGGGUUCUUCGGCGCAUGUCCCCUGACUUGCUGUUUGUCGGACCUCUGUGGGCACCCUUCAUCGGUGGAUUCAUCAAUAUGUCUCACCUAGGCUGGCGGUGGACGCAGUAUCUGAGCAGUAUCAUGGGCUUCUUCGGCUUCGGCCUAGCCUGCAUCUUCAAACUGGGCCAUCCACGCCAAAAAGAAGAAAUCGAAAUCACGUUCCGAGAACUAGUGGAGAAGAACCUGGCCCGGCCCUUACGUAUGCUCUUCACCGAGCCCAUCGUCCUAGCGUUGUCGAUCUACAUGGCCUUCAUCUACGGCCUGCUCUACCUGUUCCUGACCUUCUAUCCCAUCGUCUUCGAAGAGAUCCACGGCUUCAAUCAAGGUGUUGCUGGUCUGCCUUUCCUCGGCAUGAUUACGGGAGAAAUGCUGGCGGGAGUCUAUGUGAUACUUACUCAACCAGAAUAUAAUCGGAAACUGGCUGCUAACAACGAUGUACCUAUCCCAGAAUGGCGAAUGCCACCUGCUGUCGUCGGCGGAAUGCUUUUCGCUGGCGGUAUACUCUGGUUUGGCUGGACCGGCUUUCGAGCAGAUAUCCAUUGA